AUGAUAAAAGAUUGCUCAAUAGCGAUUUUAGGAUUGGGAUCUUUAUUAUUGUCAUUUACUAGUUCCCAAUUUGAUUUUAAAACACGAAUAAUAAUAUCUUCAAUUGUUUUUGUUCUCAAUUUUUUUUCAAUAUUAUGGCUUUUGACUCGAUACGUUAAUAACGUAAAAAGGGAAUUUUUUAAAAUUGUAAUAUAUAUAUUUGCGGCCUUAUAUUUCGGAUUAAUAUUAUUUAUUCAAUAUUUUUCAAUAGAUGAAAUUCAAUUAGUCAUUAAGUAUGUUAAGCCAACUAUCCACUUUUCCAAAGUCGAACGCACAUAUAUGGAAAAUUGCAAUUCAUGGGAAAAUGUUUAUGAUAAAUUUGAUAGAUUUGUAGUUGCACACUUGCUUGGAUGGCUUGGAAAAGGACUCGUAGUCAGAAAUUUUUUAUAUUUAAAUGUGAAUAGUAUUUUAUUUGAAUUAGUUGAACUUAAAUUUAGAAAUAUACUUCCAAAUUUUUACGAAUGUUGGUGGGAUCAUAUCUUGUUAGAUGUUCUAGGAUGCAAUUUAUUUGGAAUUUUGAUGAGCAUAUGGGCUAUGAAAUAUUUCAAUGUCGAAUUGUAUAAAUGGGAAUUUUCUGAUCCAAAGCGACGAAAAAAAAAUAUAAUUUUUCCAAAAUUAGAUAAAUUAAUUAGGUUAUUUUUCAAUAAUUCCAAAACCUUUGCAAUUUUUAUUUUUAUUUGCAUUAUUAUGUCCACUGUUGAUUUAAACAUAUUUAUAAUAAAGGCCAUAAUUCAGAUAGAUGUUAAAGAGUCAUUGUUGAUAUAUAGAGAACUUAUUAUGGGAUUCUUAGGAUUAAUGGCCACAUAUGAGCUUAAUAAAAAUUUCAAUGGAAAAGUAACCAAAAAAAGACUAACCCCAGCCAUAGUUCUAACCACUAUAACAAUAUUUGAAGUUAUUUAUUCUUUAAGAUGGAAACAUGUUUUGAUAUCUGAUAACAGUGACACGACUAUUAUAAAUGGCAUUUUCGUUUCUAUGUAUACAACUGCAUUUUCUAUAUUUUCUCUGCUUUUUGUCAAUGAUUAUAUUAUGUAA